UUGGCCGUGGAACCCCCCAGGAGGUCACAAAGCCAGGCUGUGGUUUCCAGCGUGGGGAAGGUGCUGUGGGCACCACUCCAGCAGUGGCACCGCCGCAGCAGUGGCACUGGAGGCUCUGGUGGCACCUGCAGUGGCAGCAGUGACGAUGCAGGGGCGACGGGCCCCCGUCGGCCGCGUCCUCCUGGUGGGGCUGAAAGCCCUGGCAGCCUUUGCAGCCCUGGCAGUGCUGGUGGCCCUGUAUGCCCACAUCACCACGAGGGGCCACGUGGAUAAGCCAGGGCCGUUGGGAGCAGCUCCUGCACUGCUCAGUUUGGAUCAUGAUGGCUCAGGCACCUUCCCACACGGUGCUCCAGAGAGAGAGGGACAGACAGUGUCAAGGAGCCAUUCCAUGUCCAAACAACAGUCAGAUCCAGGGAACUACGAGGAAAUAGUUCAGUUGAGCAUCUCUGUUCUGUUCCCAAACGUGUCUGGAGGCAAUGGAGAUGAAGGUUCUGGAUCUGGCUCUCCUGGAGGUCACAUGGAUACGUCCUCCCUCUGGGAACUGCCAGCUCAGAGCCCAACUGUGAGCAAGGUAUCUCCUGCAGACGUGUCUGGAGGCAGUGGAGAUGAAGGUUCUGGAUCUGGCUCUCCUGGAGGUCACAUGGAUACGUCCUCCCUCUGGGAACUGCCAGCUCAGAGCCCAACUGUGAGCGAGGCAUCUCCUGCAGGUCCAAAGAACGGAACUGAACCUGGAGACAUUUACUGGCAGUUGGAGGAAACGCUGACUGAGGUCCUGGGUGCCCUGAAGGAGAUGCCUGAUGUUGUGGAGCUCGAGACUGUGGAGGUACCUCAGGAAGGCCAUCAGGAGGUGUCAUUCCCUGGGGAAAAGCCAAGGGCUGCUCAGCCAACAGGAGGGUCAGGUGUGGACAAGAGGAGACUGGGCAGGACCAAGCCAAAGGCUGUGGCUGGCAGGGCACACAGAGGAGCAGUGGAUGCUGAGACCAGCAGGAAGGUCCUUCUCAGCAACUGCCUGGUGGCCGUGGCCGGGGUGCUCACUGUGCUCUUCCUCUGCCUGGUGGUCCCUGCCUGGGCAAAGGACAUCCAAGGGCACCUGGCAACUUGGAGAGCCCGAUUCCGGCCCCUGGGCAGCCGGGAGGAGGUGGAGAUUUAGCAGUAGAAUAAUAGUAAA